AUGUUUGAGAUACAAUUAGCUCAACAAGUAAGUGUUUCAAAUUCAAGGGAAAUGGAAAAGUUGCCUAGCCAACCUCAAAACCCAAGAGAACAUUGUAAUGCAAUUGUCACUAAGAAUUGUAAGCAUUUGGGUGAAUCUACAAACAAGGUUGAGAAUAAGGUUGAUGAUGAGGCAUAUGCUAAAUUUCUUAAGAACAUCCUUUCAAAUAAAAGAAGACUUGAAGAGUUUGAAACAGUAACUCUUUUAGAGGAGUAUAGUGCUAUAUUGCAAAAUAAGAUACUGCUUAAACUUAAGGAUCCAAGGAGUUUUUCUAAUUCUCAUGUAGUUGGUAAAGAAUCAUUUCAAAAAGCUUUAUGUGAUCAUGGUGCAAGUAUAAGUCUAAUGUCUUUGUCUAUUUGUAGGCGACUUGAGCUUGAAGAGUUAAAACCUACAAUGGUCAUAUUGCAAUUAGUCAAUCAAUCCAUAAAGUAUCCUAUGGGGAUUAUGGAGAAUGCUCCAAGAAAAAUUAGAAAAUUUUAUAUCCCCUUAGAUUUUGUUGUGUUAGAGAUGAAAGAGGACAUUCAAGUUCCUAUAAUUCCAAGAAGGCUAUUCCUAGCGAUAGCUGGUGUAAUUAUUGAUGUUAAAAAAGUAAAAUUUUCUUUUGAAAUCAGUGAUGAAGAAGUAGCAUUUAAUGUUUUCCAAUCGUCUAAUUAA